AAAAAGGGCGACACCUGCCGUCUGGUUGAGGUAAAUCAGAUGAAACUGUCCAAUCCGGAUUGAAUAGGCAGGAAUAGUGAACGAAUGAAAAGCCACUGCUGGCUGGUGGACUGCUCAUACGGCCAAUAGUCUGGGUGGCACACAGGGGUAAUGUGUCCGUAGUGCGGUGGUAGCCACACUCGGUGUGAUAGGGGACACUGGCAACACCGACUGGUACCAGUCUGGUUCCCCAAUCCGACUGGAGAAGUUCGCAUUCUGGCCAAAUCUUCUGGGUUUUGAGGCGAUUUACAAUCUGGGACAAUUAAUGAAGCAUGGGGGUCUACCAUUUGAGGUGACUGGAGGAUCUAGAUGUUACGAGAUAUCCACACACGCUUCUGAGAAACGACGGAGAGAAAGAGAGAGAGAAACAGAGAGAGCGAGAGAGGGGGCCAUGCUCACACUCCCCAGCCGCUGAGUGAACCCCCCGCCGCAGCCGCUGUUUGUUUCGGUGUUGUCUCUUCCGAGGAUGGAGUGACCAAAUCCCCCUCCGGAUGAUUUGAUGGGGUUGCUCAGAGUCAUGAUGCCGCCCAAGUUGCAGCUGCUGGCGCUGCUUGCGUUCGCAGUGGCCAUGUUCUUCCUGGAGAACCAGAUCCAGAAGCUGGAGGAGUCCCGGGGAAAGCUCGAGCGAGCCAUCGCCCGGCACGAGGUGCGGGAGGUCGAGCAGCGGCACACGCAGGACGGCCUGAGGGAGCGCCAGGCGGCGGCCGCGCGGACCGACAGCGAGGACGACUUGGUCAUCAUCUACAACCGCGUCCCAAAGACCGCCAGCACCUCCUUCACCAACAUCGCCUACGACCUGUGUGGAAAGAACCACUACCAUGUGCUGCACAUCAACACCACCAAAAACAACCCCGUCAUGUCCAUACAGGACCAGGUGCGGUUUGUAAAGAACGUGACAGAAUGGAGGGAAAUGAAGCCGGCGUUUUACCACGGACACGUCUCCUUCCUGGAUUUUACCAAGUUUGGAGUGAAGAGGAAGCCCAUCUACAUUAACCUGAUCAGAGACCCCAUCGAGAGGCUGGUGUCUUAUUACUACUUCCUGCGGUUCGGGGACGACUACAGACCGGGCCUGAGACGCAGGAAACAAGGAGACAAAAAGACGUUUGACGAGUGCGUGUCAGCCGGCGGGUCAGACUGUGCUCCUGAGAAACUCUGGCUCCAGAUCCCCUUUUUCUGUGGUCACUAUUCUGAAUGCUGGAACGCGGGCAGCCAGUGGGCGCUGGAGCAGGCCAAAUACAACCUGGUGAAUGAGUACAUGCUGGUGGGAGUCACCGAGGAGCUGGAGGACUUUGUGAUGAUGCUGGAGGCCGCGUUGCCUCGGUUCUUCAGAGGAGCCACAGAGUUGUACAAGACGGGAAAGAAAUCCCACUUGAGGAGGACCAGUGAGAAAAAGCCACCCACUAAGGAAUCCAUCGCCAAGCUGCAGCAGUCAGCCAUCUGGAAGAUGGAGAACGACUUCUAUGAGUUUGCGCUGGAGCAAUUCCAGUUCGUCAGGGCCCACGCUGUCAGAGAAAAGGACGGGGAACUCUACAUGCUGGCUCAGAAUUUCUUCUAUGAGAAAAUCUAUCCCAAAAACUGAAGAGGGCACUCUCAGAAGAGUGGUUUUGAGUCUCCUGUCUGUUAAACUGACUCAUUCUGAGGAAACGGAAGCGGAGAGACGCGCCGCUGUUGACUUGCUGGAUUUGCGAUGGAGGACUUAAUGUGGCGCUGCUCCGUAACGUGACGGGUCAGCCUCUGGCUCAGCUGACUGGUUGAGGAGCUUGUAUUUCAUCAGCAGGUUGUCCUCAGCAGCUUCUCCACUCUGUUUUCCUUCCGCAACCAAAUGUGAGGAGCCCUGGCUGCACCGCGCAUCCCGUUUGGACCUGGCUCUUCGCUGAACCUGGCGGGAAAUAAAAAUCACUGGCUCUGUACUGUUUGAUUGUGUUUGGUUGUAUUUUAGCUCUUUGCAAUGAUUUGUUGUUCAUAUGUGAGGACAUACAUUUUCCACAGUGAAAUGACAUCGUCAAGCCUCACUACAGUGACUAACUUAAAGAGACAGUAACAGUAAAAAGCUGAAUACUUGCUUGAACCUAAAGAACAUUUGUCUGGGUUUAUUUUGUUUGUUUCAUUGGACUAUUUACUGGGGCAGGUGUGUGUGUUUUAUACUUUACUUGAUGUGUGACUCUUGUAAAUGAAGGAUGCUUUUAAUGUUAUUGGGGUGUCAGAAUGUUACAAUUUCUCUCAACAUUUCAAUCCAUUUUGUUCCCACCAGUAGGUUGUAUGACUUGUAGAGAUGCACCGAUCAGCAGUUUAUGGCCGUUUCACAAUCAACAAUUUUAUUUCUUUUUUCAAAACGUUUUGUCGGCUCUAGUGGCUUUUAUUUAGCAGUUGUCAUACAGGAAAGUGUGCGAUGAGAGAGGGAAGACAUGCAGCGAAGGUCAUUGAACUAAGGCCUCCAUACCUGGGUCACUUCCAUUUUUGUAAAGUGUUUUGACCUGCAGAACCAAUUUUGGUCUGAUUUUCUUUGAGAACUACUUAUGACUACUUUUUUAAACAGUAUUUAAAUUAGUUUGCAUAUAAAAAAGAUUGGAAAGGUCGCUAAUUAUUUAUGUCCAGAGCAGAGGUGACGUCACACUGUGUGUGUGUGAGAGAGAGAAAGAAGUCGCUGUAAAACAGGAUUUUGUCAGUCACAAACAAAAACAAAAGGGAUUAUGGAGGGAUUUGAAUUCUUUUGACUGUUUUGUUAGCUAUUAGCAUGGUUAGCCUAGUUAGCAUUACUAGGUUGAAAAGGAGUGUCAGUGUGUAUUCACUUCAUUAGCUGUGAAACUACAGCACAACACAAUAAUCUUCACUAAUAUUUUGAACUUUAUUGGAAUUUAUUUCUUUAUUAGAAUUGGCUAUCCUUACUGGAAAUAUCUGCUGAUCCAGCAUCAAAUCAAAUGAAGAUUGAUUUAUAUUUAAGAACAACUGCUCUUGGUCAAAGUGCUGCACACAAAAACGACAAAUAAUAAUUCAAUUAGAAAAAUAAGAUACGAUGAACACAAUACCAGAUAGAAGACAAAGCCUAACAGUGCGAUUAGGUCAGAAGGAUGAAACAGCAACUUUGUUGCAACAUGUUCCUCCUCCGCAGAUUCUACUAAAGUUUGUUCUCUGUCAGUUUCUUCCUUCCACUACUUGAGGGACAGAAAAAACCCCAAAGGCUUGUUCACUUUUGAGCUUCCUCCAUUUCAAAACACCUCAACUCUUCUGAAAAAACACGAACCCUUGAGGAACGUUGCUGUCAGUGGAUUCUUUCAGAUUUCUGAUCACCAAUUGGUCACCAGUCAAUUUCACUAAUUAUAUAUAUAUGAUUAUAUAUAAUUAUAUAUAAUUUUGAACACUUCAUCACUCCUCAGCCAACAUUUUGUUUGUGAUGUGGCUGAAUUUUAAAGUGACUAAAAAUUUGCUUGUCUUCAUUUUUUACUCCUACAACUUGGCAGAAACUUGAUGUCAGUUUUUCUUUGUCAACCUAUUUCAUUGUGGAAUCAUCUCCACAAUAUGGAACCUAUAAUCAUAGAGGAGGUUUGUCAGCAAAAUAAAUAACAUAAGGCAGAAAAAAUUACAUUGAACAUUAGAAAAAAUUAUAUUAUUGUAAUUAAGUUGACUACAACAAUAUUGUGCUGAUAUACUGAGUAGGAGUGUGGGCCACAAAUCAAGUUCUGCUUCAGGCCCCAUAUAACUUUGGGCCGGCCCUGAAUAGAGCAAUUACUGGAUGACUUCUUUAAACUGAAUUGAGGCACAUUUAGAUCUCGACAAGCCAAAUCAUGAAUCAAUUAUUUUGUGUCAUACCUGUACUUUUAUGUUUUGCUGCUGCAAAGUAAAGCAACAUUUACCCUCUUUAA